AUGUGUCCAAGCUCAGUUGAAACUUACAUUUCAGUUGCAGGAGCAAAUAAAGCAUCCUAUCUUUGUGUUUUGCCUAUCACUAAUGCCUGUUCAUCUGUAAAUGGUCUCUUCUGUCUCUUUUCAUUUUUGAAGAAUAUCAACUCAGUGCAAAGAUACGAAGGAAGCCACAUUUAUUCUAUCUACGGAACACAGGAUGACAAAGUCGGAUAUUUGAAUCUUCCCUGUUUUACCAAAAACUCCCAGAUCAAUAAUAGUGACCAGGAGUUUUCCAAUGCAACCGGAAACCACGAUGCGAUUCUUUCUGGAACCAUCGAUUUGCAAAUGAAUCUGCUCAAUGCUCAUUAA